UUCGCCUGCAGCUGCAGAGCCCGGCCGAGGUCCGGCGCUGCGAGGCGAAUUUUCUUAAUGCUCAACCCAUAAAACCCCAGGAUUAAGAAAAGAGAGGAAGAGGGAGGAGUGUAGAGAGGAAGAGAGACUGAGAUGAAAGUUUCUUGUACGCGGCGUGGAGGACUGAGGCGGCCGUCGCUAGGCAAAUGUCCAGGUGGGAGACGCUGGGCCAGAAGCCGCGACUGUUCCAACAACGGCCGCAGGGCAGGGAGGGGGAAGUGGGGGCCUCACCGAGGGAGAGCACGUCCACCCAGUUCCAGGCCCCCGAGCCGGGGAGAAGGGCGUGGGAGCUGGGCCCUGGGACCCGGAUCCAGCACCCAGGUGACCUCGAGGCCGGGCCAGACUCCGGGGGACACUUGGGAGAGGGGGAGGGGUUUGGCGUCGGGGUCGUGGGAUUCUAGCCAGGGGCGGAAGUUCUGCACCGGCCCGCGGGCUGUGCCCAAGCCAGCAGGCUGCCAACGCUCCUCCUCCUCAGCGACCCCUGGGCCCACAGUUUCUUUUCCCGCAGCGCGGGCUUUCUGGUUCCGGGCCUCUCCGCACGCUGGGCUUGCGCCUGCGCUCGGCGGGCAGCCUCUGGGCACAACGCGACGAAAUCCGGACGCGGCGCCUUCGCCGCGGGCCUGACCCUCCUAGUCCCGGGGGCCGGCGCUCCGCCGCCGCUGCGGGGCGUGCGGGCGCCACAGAGCAGCCCAAAUGGAAACCCCGCGGGGCUCGGGACUGGGGCAGGAGGAACAGCAAGUGUGGGGCUAGGGAACGUCUGUCACUUGACAGGUCGCGAGCGGCCGUGGGGAGCCGUCUCUCCGCGAGGCUCCUCGGGAGGGAAGGUUCCCCGAAUCCAGCGUAAAAGGGAUGGUGAUGCUGGCGGUCCAAGCCCCAGGCAGCUUGGGUUUCGUCUGCCCGCUUCCCUUGGGGUUCGAGUGGGGUUCUGAGAGCUUCCCCCGGAGAGCGGCAGCCGGCUCCGCUCUCCUGCGUGAAUGAACAGGACAAAUACUCAAUUUCCUUUACUUCUGUAACUUUUCAGUAACUUCUUAAAAUCCUUUUCAUGAAGAAAUCUACCGUAGCAAGUUUUAUCAUUUUGAAAGACUGUCAGUUGAAGGUAGCUGCAUACUUUUCGAACGGAAUGUGUGUAUUUGUGUGUAAAUGUACAUAUAUGUAUGUGUGUGUACGUUUAUUUUGAUCUAGGCUAAAGUAUAAACGCUAGUGGACUGUUUUCUGUCUCUAGACUUGUUGAACGAGCUUUCUUUGUUUCAAACACUUCUGUAGAGGAGUGAUGGUAACUACUAUCAAAUCGCCAGUUUUUUUCUGUAGCCUAGAACUUAUUAAAAGUUCUCUUUCCUUCAUCUCAUACAUACACACCUGCACACAUUUACCCUCCUCGCCAACAAUAAUCAUCUUCCUUUCACUUCAGUACCUGCAGACUUUCGAGUUAUCAGAAAUCAUAAUUUUUCCUCAUAAGUGCAACAUUAACAAUUGAAAAUAAUGUGGAAAAUUCAUCAAGAUAUUAGCAGUUUUCAGUGCUGUGGAAUCACAAAAUUUCCUCAAAUCUUUAACAACAGAGAGGGCCCUUUACAGAAAAAGAUAGUUUACACUGCUUCAUGACAUUUUAUGAAAAUACGACUAACUGCUUUUCAGUUCGCAUUCGUGUGUCAGCAGGGCUCUCUCGGGAUGGUGUAAACUUACUCAGCUCCAAAUACAGCCUAGUAUCCUGCUCUGCAUUCAAGAGAAUCAUUUUUUUCAACAUGAAAAGUCUUAUGGAUACAGGAACUUCUCAAACCAGUGUCAAGUUUUCAUUAUAAGGAAGUAGCAGCAGUGGUUAAGGUAAGAAAGUUUCUGCUUUUAUUGAAAAUUUAUAUAUGACUCAGUAUUGUAAUAAAUAAACAGAAAACCAUUUUCACAAAAAAAAUGACAGUGCUAUGCUAGAGAAGAAAAUAUUAAUUGGGGGAUUUACUCAUAGUGGCAAGACAGACUUUUAUCAAUACAGAAUAAAUAUUAACAGCAUUCUUGAGCCAAUGUUGAGACCCAGCAAAAUGUAGGAACCAAGCUAGAUGUAAUAAAUAAUUAUCUGGAGAAAAAGAUGGCGCAUUCUCAGAUGAUAAGACCGUCUUUGUAAACUGAUGCAUGUCAAUUAGUCCCAUCCUCAUAGCUCACCUUCAAAUCACAGGACUGUCUCAGCCUACAUUAAAAGGCCAUCCUCUAAGGAAAACAGAGGACAGGAACUCUAUUAUCCUUACAGUGAAAUGCAAAACAACUGCAGAAAAUCCCACUGGUAAAUAGAACACAGUUUAAUAAGUAGAUUGAGUAUGAUCUAACUAUAAAAUUUAGGUAACAGAGUCAAGUGUUACAUAUGGCAGGACUGGAAAAAUCAUUCAUGACAUUUUUCUUAUCCCCCACAUACCCCCCCACCAUUAUGCUAUCAACAACAACAAGAACAACAACAACAAUAACAACAAAAA